AUGUCUUCAGUGAAAACCCCUAAAAUAGAGACGGAUAUCAUCACCCUUACACGGUUUAUUCUCGAGCAACAGCAGAAAGUUGCUCCUAAUGCUACCGGUGAGCUCACCCUUUUAUUAAACUCCCUUCAAUUUGCAUUCAAAUUCAUUGCCAAUGCCAUUAGAAAAUCCGAAUUGGUGCAUUUAUUGGGACUCUACGGCUCCACCAACUCGUCUGGUGAUGAUCAGAAGAAGUUGGAUGUUAUUGGAGACGAAAUCUUCAUCAAUGCUAUGAAGGCUUCCGGUAACGUCAAGGUUGUCGUUAGUGAAGAGCAAGAAGAUUUGAUUAUAUUUGAGCAUAGUCAGGGUAAUUAUGCCGUGUGCUGUGAUCCAAUUGACGGUUCUUCCAACUUGGAUGCCGGUGUGUCCGUUGGUACUAUCUUUGCCAUAUACAAACUUCUACCAGGCUCCACAGGUUCCAUUAAAGACGUUCUUAGAUCAGGAAAGGAACUAGUUGCCGCUGGUUACACUAUGUAUGGUGCUUCUUCUCAUAUGAUGUUAACCACUGGAUACGGUGUCAACGGAUUUACCUUGGACACCGAAUUGGGUGAAUUCAUUUUGACUCAUCCUGAUCUGAAGAUUCCAAACACUCGCCACAUCUAUGCAAUUAACGAGGGUUACUACAGUUAUUGGCCUGAACAAGUCCAGAAAUAUGUGAUGUCUUUAAAAAGAUCACAGCCUGAGGACGGAAAGGCCUACAAGCUCAGAUAUAUUGGAUCCAUGGUGGCUGAUAUCCACAGAACCCUUCUUUACGGCGGAGUGUUUGGCUACCCCGCAGAUUCUCAUGCCAAAUCCGGAAAAUUAAGAAUGCUUUACGAGUGUUUCCCGAUGGCCUGGUUGAUGGAACAGGCAGGCGGUUUGGCUGUUGAUGAUAAGGGUGACAGAAUCCUCGACAAGACUCCGAAAAGAAUCCAUGAAAGAUCUGGUAUCUGGUUGGGAAGUAAGGGCGAAAUCGAAAAGUUGUUAAAAUACAUUAAGGAAUAA